AUGCCAUCCCCAACUGAUCCCCUUCGCUUUCAUCUCGCCUACGAGCCUCAACCCCUGAAGUUCGGCACAAGCGGUCGGCGCGGCCUGGUCAUCCACCUGACCCAGUUGGAAAUAUAUACCAACGUCCUCGCCGAGAUCCGCUACCUCCAAUCCCUUCCCAUUGAACAGGGUGGAAUCAAAGCAGGCGACGACUUUUACUUUGCUCAUGAUCUCCGACCAAGCUCCACAGCGUAUGUCGAAAGUGAAAAUGGUCGUGGCGGUCUCUGCCAGGCUGUCGAGCAGGCGCUGAAAGAUGCGGACAUGCAUGCCAUUAACCUGGGUGCGAUCCCGACGCCUGCUUUGACUUAUUACGCCCUCAAGCAUGGAAAGGGCAGUAUCAUGGUAACGGGAAGCCAUAUCCCCUUCGACCGCAAUGGGUACAAGCUCAACACUUCCAAGGGUGAACUGUUGAAGGAGCACGAACAGCCCAUCAAUGCUGCUGUCGCCAAAGUCCGCGAAGAGCUCCUGCAGCAGCCAUUCUCGGAAUCUCUCUUUGACGAGCAGGGUAUGCUUCGCAACCGACCACGGGAAAUCCUGCCUGCUACGGAUAAAGGCCUAUCAGCCUACGUCCAGCGAUACCUCGAUUUCUUCGCGGGCGAAACGCUCCAGGGGAUGAAGAUUCUGGUCUACCAGCACUCCGCCGUCGGUCGCGACACGCUCGUGGAUAUCCUCAGAAAACUUGGCGCAGACGUAACGCCCGCCGGCCGCAGCGAGACCUUCGUCCCGAUUGACACUGAAGCCAUUGACGCCGCCCAGCUAGCCACGCUGCAAACCCUGUACAACGAGAACAGCGGACCCUUCGAUGCAAUCGUCUCCACAGACGGUGACAGCGACCGCCCCCUCCUCGUCGCCCCCAGCGGAGCCGAGCAGAAAGUCCAGUUUUUCGGCGGCGACCUGCUCGGCAUGAUUGUCGCUGGAUUCCUCGGCGUCGACGCUGUCGUCGUGCCCAUCAGCUCGAACGAUGCCAUCGACAAGGGCGCUCUGGCUUCAGUCCUGGAGCCAAAGACCAAGAUUGGAAGUCCCUAUGUGAUCAGUGGGAUGCAGACUGCGCUGGAUAAGGGCCGCAGCCGUGUCUGUGGAUGGGAAGCGAACGGCGGCUUCCUCACGGGCUCGGAUAUUGAGCGGAAUGGCAAGACUCUAACCGCUCUUCCGACGCGCGACGCUGUGCUUCCGCUCCUCUGUGCACUCUUUGCCGCCCGCGGACAGAAAGCCACCCUUCCGGCCCUCUUCGCCACACUCCCCAACCGAUACAGCCGUGCAUCCCUAAUCCGAAACUUUCCCCGGCCAACAAGCAUGAAGAUUGUAGGGCGCUUCUCGCCUUCUGAAUCCACCAUCCAGCAAGUGUCAUUUAGCGACGAGAUAACCGCAUACGAUGCCAACGUAUCCGCAAUCCCACUCUCCGACUCGCAAAUCGAUCAAUUCAAGUCGAUCAAAACGCAGCUGCAGACCGUAUUCUCUGACAAGUCUGGAUUCCCCGAGAUCGUCCGACUGAACUACACCGACGGGAUCCGCAUGACCUUUGCCAACGGCGAUGUAGCGCAUAUUCGGCCAUCGGGAAAUGCGGAUGAGCUUCGUAUUUAUGCGGUUGCGGACUCGCAGGAGCGUGCGGAUGAUAUUGCUACCCAGGGUGUUGCCGAGCCGAAUGGGCUGCUGAGGACGUUGGAGCGGAUGGUUUGA